AUGUCUAUGACUUUUGAAGCCUCCAGCAGCGUGACUUUGCUGUUUGACUUCUGGUCUGUGCAUGGAGUCGGAGGGAUGCUGCUGUCUGUGCUGGUGGUCUUCCUGUUGACGCUGGUUUUCGAGCUGCUCAAAGUCUUCAGGAUCCGCCUGAGUCAGCGCUUUGAGAGGAGCCCCGCGGCGCCCCCUGCUGGAGAGCACAAUGCGGGCGUCCUGGAGGGUUGCAGCUCCGAGUCGUCCCUGACCCCCAUCGCCUCCACGCAGCCCCCCGCUGAGCUCAGCUUCAGACACAGGGCGCUGGUGCAGGGCGCUCAGGCCGCGCUCCACUCGCUGCAGGUGCUUCUGGGAUACACGCUCAUGCUGUGCGUCAUGUCCUACAACACGUGGAUCUUUCUGGCCGUGAUCUGUGGCUCCAUGCUGGGGUACUUCCUCCUGGCGCCCCUCCUCUCCUCAACGCACAAACACAGCGCCACCAUGUGA